AUUGAGGAGCGCACUAGAUAUCUCGAUAGAACGAUGCUUAGCAGGCGCUCAAAGAGCUGUGUAUAGCAUUAAUUCAAGAUUGGGCCAGAGGUUAUCGGCAAGGUCAAAGAGGAAACUAAAAAGGUCCGAAUUGUAAAACUAAACAGCUCGACUCUUUUUCGAACCCUCAUGUUCAGUGGUGAUCCAGUCUAGAUUCCAUGAAUAUGAAUGUCGAACUGCUCCUUACCACUAUUUGCGGGCCAAACUAAUUCCUGGUAUUGCUGAUUUGAUGAUCUCGUCACGGUCAUCAAGUCAAUCCGAUGUAGCAUUCACAUCAGAAUCUACAUUAUGCCACUAUUUGCCCCUUAUUCUCAUCCGCUCAACGAGCUCGUAGUAAAACAAUCUACACCACGCCGUCACGUCGACUUCCGUACCCAUGGCACCAAAGCCGGACUCCUUUCGCUCUAUCCUUGUCAGUGGCACAAUCUACGCCGUGCUUAUAACGGGCGUUCAAAUGGUGUACUUCCCAAAUGGUAUCAAUCCUCCGAAAGACACCAAAGAGUCAAAGGAAUCAAAGGAAUCAAAGGAGUCGGGGCCUCCUUCAUCUUCGGCCCCUGAUGGUUCGACAUGAGGCUGAACGUCAGGGCAUGCACUCACGAAACAUGCCAUUGUCUCGAGAGGCUUGGUGAUGAUAUGACAUUUCCCCAUGGGCACGCAAAACCAUUCGUGGGCAUCAGCCUUGGACUACUCUCACAUUAUUAUGGUUGGAUGGGCUCAAAUGUAACAAGACUGUCUAGUAACUUUAUCUCCCACAGCACCAAGAGAACGAAUCAGCUAAGGGUAAAGGAGUAAAGCAACGAAGAACUUUUACAUAAUGCAAGCCUUAUCUUCUCUAUCCUUCUACAUUAACCAGAUGAAGUACUCUUAUCAUAUGUUAAUUAUUUGUCAACUUGUUGAGGUAACGGACGAGGGUCAAGUUGGAAAACGACUAGGAAUAUGCCCAGAUUUGGAAAUGAUGAGACAACAAGUAAAUUGGGCAACAACUAGAUCAACGUAGACGGAGGCUCGAUUAUCUUCCCGCCUAUCCGGUACAUUGUUAAGAAGUUGAGACUCUUUCAAUGGCUGAUUACUAGAAGGUAGCAGAAACGUUGGCCUCCCAAGUCUUGAACCAAAAACAAGUAGUCCAAAUAGUAUAAACCGGCAGACUAAUUUCAUCUGUUAUACUUCGAGUAGAUAAGUCUUCUAGCACUCCGAGGGGAAACAAUAACAAAACCAAGAAUGCAUGAUGUCCCAUUUCCCCAUCCAACACAAGUUUCGGCUGCCACUGGGAUUUCAAUCCUUCUCAGAGAGCGACACUCAUUAGGAGCAAUUCAGACAUGUGUUUCGUGACCUUACCCUGUUCUACCUAUAGUUACUCCAUUGAAGCCUGCAGCCAUGCCUGCAAACUUGACCGAUAUUUCUGCCUUAAUAAAGCACCUAAGUCCCGAGCCUUAGUUGAUAGUUCAGUUUUCUCCACAGAUCUCUUAUGCUAUAUCUGAUACAUAUUAUUUGAUGUAAACUGCCAAGCAACCAUAUUUUUUUAAUUAGUCUAUUCUAGACUUAAUGCUGAUGUGUCUUACUAUUAUCUCAACAUUGUCUCGAAUUCACAACAAAGAUGCUGUGUAAAUCUGUUCGCUUGGUCAGAACACCGUCCCCGUCACGAAACCGCUUGUCAGAAUCGAAACAAUUGCUUGUCUCAUCGCUUGCAUGCAUGUUGGCGAUUUCUUCCUGUUCUAGCUGCUGCGUAUAGCGUUUGCCUCUGCCAUUUCUCUCACGUUCGCUGUGGAUCGUCAAUACCAAAAUCCUGGAACCUUCGAAACAGUUUAUUCGACCGGCUAGUAAAGAUGAUCCACUAAAUGUGUCUCGUUGGCCUUUGAUGGUUAGUCUCCGGCAGGAGUUGCAAAAAGCCCGGUACAAGGUGGUAUUAAGCAAGGGUUCGUUGGCCUGGCGAGCGACCAACAAUAGUUGAUACGCGGCUGCCCCAUUUACGGUGACUCUGUAAUAAUAUGUAUUCCCGAGCAAGAUUCACAUAGCCAUAUUACCAGCAUGGGUGCCUUACAGUGCUCAGAUCAACUGAGAGAGAGAUCUUCAAUUAUGCUAAUGGAUGGAAGCUUGUUGGCUGCUCCCCGAAAAGGCUGAGAUACUAUAUGCAGUAUUGAUUUUCAUUCAACAGUCCGUGCCUGGUCCCAAAUCUAAUCUAAACGGAGAUCCCCCAAAUAGAAUGCUAGUCCAACGCCAAAAAGACUGCUGCAUGAGUGACGAUCAGUGCUUUUCUCAAAAUGAGAUUUCAUGUGAUUGACACGGCACGCAUGUAGUUGAUAUUGAUUGAUACUACUAGCGAAUGCUACAUGACAAAAGAAAGCCCCAUUAAUGUUAUUUGGUUACAACCUAGUCUAGUCUGUACAGAGUACAGAGUAUCGAGUUUUUAUUUAUCGAUACUAUGUAGCGAACCACUCAUCUUCAGCAUGUCGUUUUGCGUCGCACCAACGAACUCGUAUCGAGAUUUCCAAGAAUUCGUCUAUUCUGGUUCAAGUCGCAUUCCCUGGCAGACGAGUUUCAUGAACCAUGAAUGAAGCGGAUCAGACAGGAAAAUUAAAUAGCGCAGUCACCACUUUAAUUGAGCUUGGUCCGCCAACAUUCGUACCCAACUCGUUGAUUCAUAGCAGCGGGUGGCUCGGGAUAGCUCCUAUGUUGCAUCAGAGGUGGAAGAAACUGGCUCCAGGGUCUGCGACCCUGAAUAGAAUAGGUCGUCAAAAAGGAGCGGCCAACUCAGGGUAGCAUUGGGCCCAAUAUUCUAUUCCUUAUCAGUGCGGAUCCGAGCCAGACUGGUGGGGGUUGGAGAAAUGAUCGUCGGUAGUGAGGAAUGAAGAGUUAAGCAUAACCCCAGUCAUCUCUUUGGGCUGAAUAAAAAUAUGAUGCGACUGAUCAUAUUGGCGUAUAUACGGCAGGGCAAAACUACUAUAGUUUAGGAAGUGAUAGUCUCAACAACAACAAUCAGGCACAUAAUCGAGUCAGGGCCUACGGAUACAAGCACAAAAAACAAAACGCAUGAGCCAGCCAAGAACCUGGUCACUAUUGCCGGAGAGCCGGGGCAAGCCAGGCUGCGAGUCAGUGUCAUAAAUUUGCUGGGGGUCGUUGUCUUACCCUGUAUCAUGCUUGUCCAGCGCGGCUGUCGUAAACCUCCUGGAUAGACUUGACUCGCCCAGCACUAUCCAGAACUAGUAAACGAUAACAACAAAACGUGGCGAGACCCUUUCUCAGCACAUAGAAUGGACUCAGGAACCCAAGGUAAGAGCCGUUCGCUUCUAAACCCAUUCAUUUUGGCGCUUCGAUGUCUAGCCCAGGCGCCGGUAGCGAAACUACCACUGUACGCUGUCGUUGCCACGUGAGAAAGAACCACUAAUGAUUGUCCUCGUGGAAGAAAGCCACAUGUUUCGAGUCAGUGCUUGAUUAGCUUUGGUCGCUGAGGAAAUAACAACUUAUCAUCCUUGGUUGUUUGCAGCGGGCGGCAUAAAAUGGAAGGAAUUGAGUUCCGUCAGAAUUGACCGGCAGUACUAGCUAAACUGCUUUGAGACAGAAAUUGACUCAAGCGCAAACCCGACCUCCUGGGAGCGCGCGCUGAUGGCGAAUAACAAGCCAUAUACAGCUAGUGGAAACGCCUGCAAGGUUUUUUCCUCAAGCGAAUGCUCCGUCCUCCCGGCGCAAUUAGUUACGAAUCAUGGAAUAACUACUGCAGCUAAGCCAUCCCCUGUUAUUACUACCUCAAAAAAAAUGCACGGGGAAGUCUGCCAGGUUCUGAGGAUUGUGGGCACAAUCUCCGGCGGGUAACAAGAGAGAUUGGCAGCGCAGUGAAAAGAGAGAUCCCCGGAGCAGAGAUCGAGUCAGAUGGUACUCUGCGAGUUCACCAAAUGUCAUUGUUAAAAGCGAGAAACUCCAUAUGAUCGCCCAAAGUUCCACAGCGAGACCACAAAACAAGAUGAUGUCGGACCGCGCAACGACCGAACCAUCAGUACGGACCUACGGACCCUCUAGACGAAAUCUCAGAAAAGCCUUCCAGAGCCUCUCUUGUCUCAUUUUACCGGGCAUGGCACGGCACUUAGUCCCUGGAAGAUCCCCUACUACGUAGAUGCUAGCAGAGUCGAAACAGGCUAAUGACUAACUACACUGACUCGAAUCCGCUCACGGGGUAGGUGGCGAACCCAACUUUUCCAAAAGAGGCUCAGCCCCUAUCUCCCACCGGGGAUCUAAGAGCGCUGUCCGCUAAGCCUUAGCAUCGAUCAAGUCUAGUUCGCCGCUCAACAGAGGCGCCGUUCUCGAAUUCAUCAGCGAGACCCAACUGUGAUUUGCUCUGCCGGUCUCUGGCAGUUGAGCCAGCUCAAAUAGUCUUGCCAGUAAACGCUAAAGUAGUCUUCUGGAACCAAUUUUUCUUAGCAAGUCCGAGAGCAAAAGAAAAAAAACCAGACUGUGAUCUGCAGAUUCCGAUCUGACUCGGGGGGUUUUGUUACAGGGGCUCUCCUCCUUCGUUUCCCUCUUAAUGACGACAAUUGCCGGACCAAUUUCACCUGAUCCGUCCAAACCCUGUACACUCCUUCAUUUAUUAUAUCUUGUACAGAGUCGGUCCUGACUGGCGUUUUGGCAUUUUCCCUAGUAUCUAGCAAUCCAACUAUCUGCGGGAAGGAUUUGUCCGUUCAUUAUCAGGCACUCGCACACACACCUACGAAGACACUCGCCUUGCCAUGGCCGGCUUCCUAGUGCCCGACCACUACGUGGCGUUGGCACCCAGCACCACCGACCAACUUGUCGCCAGUAUCAUUUGGGGCUUCACGAUCGCUGUUGGAAUCUUCUCGGCGCAAAAGGCUGGACAGCAAACAUGGGAUCAGUACAAACGAACAGGACGCUUCAGAGCUUAUGUGUGGAUGAUCUGGGCUGAGUGGACCGCGUCGAUGAUUAUCGGAGUUUUGUCAUGGUGCUUCCUCCGUGGUUAUAUUCCUCCCAGCUUUUGGAUCUUCUUUUCUCUCCUUUGUCUAUGGGUCGUGCAGAUUCAGUGUAUCUGCGGUAUCAUCAUCAACCGAAUUUCCCUCCUUAUGGUCGAUCGAAGAAACGCAGUCAAAAUCAGAUGGAUCACAGCGGUCGUUCUCGGACUCAUCAAUAUCAGCGUCUUUAUCAUCUGGAUCCCUGCUCAACUGCAGAUUUCUCAGCGUUUCCACGACAUCAACUUCAUCUGGGAUCGCAUUGAGAAGGGCAUUUUCUUGAUCAUCGAUGCUGCGUUACACGGCUACUUCAUUUAUCUAAUCCGCAUCAAGUUGAUUGCCAAUGGCCUCACCAAGUACCAGCCUCUGAUGCGGUACAACCUCUUCAUGAUUUUCAUCUCGAUGAGUUUGGAUCUUAUUCUCAUUGGUAGCAUGUCUAUCGGCAACGGUUUCAUCUAUGUGCAAUUCCACCCUCUUGUUUACAUGCUCAAGCUCCACAUUGAGAUGAACAUUUCUGCGCUUAUCGUCAGAGUCGUCCGCGCGACUGGCGACCACAGCUCGUACCCUGACGGUUACGAGGACACUGAGCUUCGCUCCAAGGUCAGGGCUCAUGCUUCAAGAAAGACGGGUUCAACCAGAGCUGGAGGACCCAUGUUCUCGACAGCAGGAAGGAAUCUCGAGGUCCGAAUUGAUGCAGGUAACGACGCAGCCGACAACCAGGCCAAGCCUCACCAGGGCCCAGGUAUCACAAAAGUGACACAGACCCACGUACAGGUAAUGGACAAGCACGAUGAGGAUGACGCAAGCUCCCAAUCCUCGACGCGGCACCUCAAGGAGCCGUACGCAUACCCGUGAAGAGAUAGGGCUGACAGAGGGGUAUCGAAGAUGGAGACAAUUCAUUCUAGACCCGCCUCACCAAGCUGAGGCCGUGCAAUGCGAAGCGAUGCUUGCGGUAUAAACUAAUGAUAUCUAUACUGAUCAACGUGUCUCGGGCAAUGAUCCCACAAUUUCAUGUAAAUACUACGUUAGAACUUAGAGAAUCUCUCAAAAAAAGGCUCUUAGCCUCCGCGUUACUUAGCGUAAUGCGCAUAAUUAAUAAUUUGUGUAAUUUCCAGA